AUGUCGGACAUGCAUAUCAUCUGCAUGUCGGAGACUUGGUUAAGAUCUAAGAUUUCGGACGCGCUGGUAGAUCUUCCGGGUUAUAAACUUUUCAGGCGAGACAGAGGUGGUAGGCAUGGAGGUGGGGUUGCGUUUUAUUUGCGUGAGAACCUGAGUGCUUCGAUUUUGACUGGCUCGGUGAAGAUGUACAAUGGUACUCCGGAGUACAUCAUCGCGGAGAUAGUUUUGGAGGAUGCCUCUAAUCUAUUGCUGGCGAUGGUUUAUCGACUACCUAAUGUAGGACAUAUAAAUGAAUUUCAGCAACUGUUUCUUAAUCUGCAAGCUAACUACAGACACUCUGUCAUUAUGGGUGACUUCAACGCGGAUAUGGCCUCCAACUCUUAUGACAGUGCUCAAAUAAAUUAUUUUGUAGCGUCCUCAAAUCUCUAUCUUGUGCCAUACCAAACUACGCAUCACCUAAAGGCAUCCAGCACUUUGUUGAAUCUGCGCAUAAUUGAUGACGCAUCUAAAUUGACAGCCUUUGGUCAGCAUGGGGUAGCGUUCUUAUUUGCACAUGAUUUAAUCUUUAUUAAAUAUAAUAUCAAAAUACGACGACGUAUCAACACAACGAUCAAUUGCAGAAACUAUGAAAAUUUUAAUGAGGUAGAUUUUUUAUCUGAGAUUCAAGACAUUGAUUGGACUCAAGUUUGGAAUUCGGAUUGUAUUAAUCGUAAAGUGGAGGUACUCAACGCAAGAUUGCUGGAAUGCUACAAUAAGCAUGCACCGCUUCAGCGGAUUGAUUUCAAGAAUCUUCCUGCUCCGUGGAUCACCAAUGAACUCAAGGCUGCAAUGCGUGAAAGAGAUAUGGCAAGACGGACUUGGCGUAGGAGGCGAGACGACGUGAGCUAUCAACGUUUCAAAAUCUUGAGAAACAGUGUGCAGAGCGCAGUUAGGGUUGCGAAGCGUGAGUACUAUCUGUCAGCCUUUGUACGUUCAAGUAACUCUAAUAAGAUGUGGAGCCGGUUGAGGCAUCUAGGACUGGUUAAAAAGAGGAGUGUGAACGGCCCUCUUCAACCUUCUGUGGAUGAGCUCAAUAACUACUUUGUGCAGUCUGACGAAGAAGUAACAAUGAACAACUUCGAUGACCUUAGUUUGACCCUCGAACAAGACAGGGUUAGCGAGGAUGACUUUUAUUGGAAGUAUGUCACUCCAUCAGACAUCUUCACCGCAGUAUCAAGGAUCAAGUCGAGUGCCACGGGCACUGACGGAAUAGCUCCUAGGCUGAUCAAGUUGUGA